AUGGACGUGGAGACCUUUGGUUCAGUAAAAAAUAUAGAGUCUGCUCUCGAGCGAGCUGAAAAAAGCAGUGCAGCACAAGCAGUGGCAUCGAUAGUCGAAGGGGCUGCUCUAGCAGCAGCAUUUGGGGAGCUGUUUGAUGCUGUUAUAGGAGUGAAGGACAAGACGGCCAUGUUUAGACUCCUGCUUGGAGAUCUUGAUUCCACGCUAUACUCUUUAAAACCAUUUAUCGCGAAAACAGUAGAAUAUACCAAUAUGGAUUGCCCCUAUAUAGAGGAACUGGAAAAUUUUAAAAUGCAAAUGGAGGAGGGCAUGAGAAGCUUGUUCGUAAGUGCUCCAAGGUCAGGCUGUGGAGCAGUUACAAAAAGUAUAAAUACACCGACCAACUUGUUGCAUUGGAUAAAUCUCUUCAAAGACUUGUAG